AGGAAUUAUGGGGAGAGGAAAGAUAGAGAUAAAAAGGAUAGAAAACACAAGCAACAGGCAAGUGACAUACUCAAAAAGAAAGAAUGGAAUCAUUAAGAAAGCUAAAGAAAUAACUGUUCUUUGUGAUGCUAAUGUCUCUCUUGUUAUCUCUGGAUCUUCUGGCAAGAUGUAUGAGUAUUGCAGCCCCAAAACCAACCUGAUUGACAUGCUGGAUAGAUAUCAAAGACUUUCAGGAAACAAGUUGUGGGAUGCUAAACAUGAUGAUUUGCAGAGUGAAAUUGACAAAAUCAAGAAAGAGAAUGAAACCAUGCAAAUUGAGCUAAGGCACUUGAGAGGGGAAGACAUAACAUCUUUGAGCAUUGAAGAACUAAUUGCUUAUGAAGAUGCACUCGAAAACGGACUCACAAACAUUCGUGAUAAAAAGGAUGAAAUCCCCAAAUUGAUGAGGAAACAUGAACAAGCUCUGGAAGAGGAAAAUAAGCAACUUAUGUAUUUGGUGCAACAAACUGAGAUGACAAGUAUCGGAGAUUAUCAAGGUCAGCAGCCAUUUUCCUUUAGGGUUCAACCAAUGCAACCUAACUUGCAAGACAGGAUCUAA